ACUGCGGCGCACCCCAGGGCGCAUGCGUGCUGUGCGGCGCGGUCUCAGGGAAGGUGGGGCUAUGGCAGCUGCUAGGGACCCUCCGGAAGUAUCGCUGCGAGAAGCCACCCAGCGAAAAUUGCGGAGGUUUUCCGAACUGAGAGGCAAACUGGUAACACCUGGAGAAUUCUGGGACAUAGUUGCAAUAACAGCGGCUGAUGAAAAACAGGAACUUGCUUACAACCAACAGCUGUCAGAAAAGCUGAAAAGAAAGGAGUUACCCCUUGGAGUUCAGUAUCACGUUUUUGUAGAUCCUGCUGAAGCCAAAAUUGGAAAUGGAGGAUCAACACUUUGUGCCCUUCAACGUUUGGAAAAGCUAUAUGGAGAUAAAUGGAAUUCUUUUACCAUCCUAUUGAUUCACUCUGGUGGCUACAGUCAACGACUUCCAAAUGCAAGUGCUCUGGGAAAAAUUUUCACUGCUUUACCUCUUGGUAACCCCAUUUACCAGAUGCUAGAAUUAAAACUAGCCAUGUACAUUGAUUUCCCCUUACAUAUGAAUCCUGGAAUUUUGGUUACCUGUGCAGAUGAUAUUGAACUUUAUAGUAUUGGAGAAUUUGAGUUUAUUAGGUUUGACAAACCUGGCUUUACCGCUUUAGCUCAUCCUUCUAGUUUGACGAUAGGUACCACACAUGGAGUAUUUGUCUUAGAUCCUUUUGAUGAUUUAAAACAUAGAGACCUUGAAUAUAGAUCUUGCCAUCGUUUCCUUCAUAAGCCCAGCAUAGAAAAUAUGUAUCAAUUUAAUGCUGUGUGUAGACCUGGAAUUUUUUGUCAACAGGACUUUGCUGGGGGUGACAUUGCCGAUCUUAAAGUAGACUCUGACUAUGUCUACACAGAUAGCCUAUUUUAUAUGGAUCAUAAAUCAGCAAAAAUGUUACUUGCUUUUUAUGAAAAAAUAGGCACACUGAGCUGUGAAAUAGAUGCCUAUGGUGACUUUCUGCAGGCUUUAGGACCUGGAGCAACUGUGGAGUACACCAGAAACACAUCAAAUGUCGUUAAAGAAGGGUCAGAGUUGGUAGAAAUGAGACAGAGAAUAUUUCAUCUUCUUAAAGGAACAUCACUAAAUGUUAUUGUUCUUAAUAACUCCAAAUUUUAUCACAUUGGAACAACCGAAGAAUAUUUGUUUUACUUUACCUCAGAUAACAGUUUAAAGUCAGAGCUCGGCUUACAGUCCAUAACUUUUAGUAUCUUUCCAGAUAUACCAGAAUGCUCUUGCAAAACAUCCUGUAUCAUUCAAAGCAUACUGGAUUCAAGAUGUUCUAUAGCACCUGGCUCAGUUGUGGAGUAUUCUAGAUUGGGGCCUGAUGUUUCAGUUGGGGAAAACUGCAUUAUUAGUGGUUCUUAUAUCCCAACAAAAGCUGCCCUCCCUGCACAUUCUUUUGUGUGUUCCUUAAGUUUAAAGAUGAAUAGAUGCUUAAAGUAUUCAACUAUGGCAUUUGGAGUGCAGGACAACUUGAAAAAGAGUGUGAAAACAUUGUCAGAUAUAAAGUUACUUCAAUUCUUUGGAGUCUGUUUCCUGUCAUGCUUAGAGGUUUGGAAUCUUAAAGUUACAGAGGAACUGUUCUCUGGUAACAAGACGUGUCUGAGUUUGUGGACUGCACGCAUUUUCCCAGUUUGUUCUUCUUUGAGUGAUUCAGUUACAACAUCCCUAAAGAUGUUAAAUGCUGUUAAGAACAAGUCAGCAUUCAGCCUGAAUAGCUAUAAGUUGUUGUCCAUUGAAGAAAUGCUUAUCUACAAAGAUGUAGAAGAUAUGAUAACUUACAGGGAACAAAUUUUUCUAGAAAUCAGUUUAAAAAGCGAUUUGAUUUAGAGACAUUUUAAAUAUUGUACACUUUGCCUUUUUGAGUAACAUUCCAGAGAUAGGUAUUUUCUGUAGGCUGUUUGUUUCACUGAACUCAAUGAAAAUUGUAUUAAUGUAAUUCCUGUAGCAUAAUAAUAAUAGCACAAAAGUACAUAUAAAUCAUUUUUGAAGAAAAAUAUUUCAAGACUAAGUUGAGAAAACAGAUAUUUUUUGGAUGUAUAUCAGUAUUUUAGUUUUUAAUAAUGAUUGAUUUGUAGAGCAUUGUUUUUUCACAUAAUUAGUUUUAAAGAUAAUUUUCUAAGCAUAUCUUUAGAAUUUUUCCAUCUUUUUUGAGGCUUUUGAUCCAGUAAAGUUCUAAGUAUUCACUGGCACUUCUCUCCUCAACUGUAAUUCUAUUUUGAAUAAUAAAACUGGCAUACUGUAGGAAGUUCAGAGUAGUGUAGGAAUACUGUAGAAAUACUUUUUCAGAAACAAAUCCAUAGCCGACACAUUCACUCAGUGCCCAAUAUAUUGUGAUUAUUUUAGUUGAUAAAUAACUAGAUACAAAGACCUCUGAAAUUGAUGAUAACAUUCAUAUCUCAUUAAUUUUAUCAAAAUGAAACUAAAAGUACAUAUGUAUUAUACACUUGAACAUGUGUUUGUGUAUAUUUAAAUUUUUCCUUUAUGUUCCAUUCCAUAGGAAAACACACACAUAUGCACACAAAACUCAGUUAUCUGUGGGGAAAAUGGUAGUAAUAAUUGAAAUUCAUCAAUAAUCAUAUAAUUUCACUAUAGACUUUACUUGUAUUAUCUCCUGUCAGUCCUUCUGACAAAACUGAAAUUACCAAAUGAACUGAAUUUACUUUUCAUCUUAUUUUUUGUCCACACACUGGUGAUGCUGAGAAACAAUAAUUGGUCCAAAUGCAGACAUCAAGAAGCAGGCAGGAGAAUAGAAAAACUUAGAUCUAAUACACAGAUGAUAAAGUUUCAAGAAAAUAAAAAUUGGCUGGAAUCUCAAGUUAUGUAUUUCUAUGUUGGUAUAAGCAUAUAAGUGAAAAGUCUUCAUACUAAAGUGUAAUAGAGAAAAGAUUUGUCAGUGUGUGUGUGUUUUUUUUUAAUGAAAUAACUAGUCUGUGCUACUUUAUGUCAAUGUAAAAAUUGGUAAACUAGAAGUAACUUGUGCACAACCCUCAGUUACGAUACUUGUGUGUGCGUUUUUUUUUUCCCAAAGGUUUUCCCAAGGAUAAGAUACAAAUACAUGGUAGCUAUUGUUUAAAAAUGAUUGAUUUACUUGCAGAUUUUUCAGAGGAUGUUAUGUGUUUGUCAUUCACUAAAUGUUCAGAAUUGUAGUUUUACCAAAUCUGAAGUGCUAUCAAUUAUAAGAAUCACCAUUAUUUUAUGUUCCAUUAAGAAAAACACAAUAAAACAUGACACAAUGCUUUGUUACUUGAAA